GUAUUUGCCCCACACUCAAACGGCAACACGAACUCCUUUAUGCUAAUACAUUUCUUCACUCUCUUGUGAAGCAAAGCUCACAAAAGUGUCAGCUGAGAAUGCUGGUUCUGCCUUACAACUCCAGCUGCCCCCAAAGAACUGCUCAGUUUGGCGUGUGGUUUCCACUUGUCAGAGGUGGCCUUCUGAAAUUUUGGCAGUGCACUUCCUUCGGGCAAGGUAAGCAGCUGUGCUCAGGAUUGGUGUGCAGUAAGAGUGCCCCGGGCAGGUAAUGCCCAGUACCAGUGUUCUGGCACCUUUGUAGGGCUCAUUUCCUGAUGUUGUUUAUUCCGAAGGAAGGGAUCUAAUUUCUUUUGAGAUGGGCUUAUACCUCUUCUCUUUGGCAAAGGAACAAAUUCUGGAUCCACAGACUGGGUGGUCUUGGUGACAUUUAAUGGCUUUUCCUAAUAGGCAGUUCUGCCACUGAGAGCUGUUGAAAUGUUCUGGUGGGAAUACAAAAGCCAACCUGUCGAGCUUUCUAUCCUGGUACCUUCAGUGUGUGAGCAGUCACUGGUGCUGUUCCAUUUGGAUCCUGGCUCUGUGAGACUGAAGGACUAUGAUGGUUCACAGAGCUGAGAAGGAGAGUGCAGACUCUUGGGUGUGUGCUGGCAGUUCUUCGGGUGCAAUUGAAGUUGUAAGCAGCAAGAGCUUUCUCAGCUGCCACUUUUGGGAGCUGUGCUUUUUGAUGGUUUCAAGUUUGCAGCCGGACUCUGCCAGAGUGAAAGCAUUCAUCAGCACAGAGGAGUUCGUGUUGCUGUUUGAGUGUGCACAAAUAAAGAGUUUGUACUUGGAAGGCGAAGAUCACUGAAAUCUUUUUGUCCUGAGACAGCGGAUUGGAGAGCAGUGACGUUUUCAGCUUAGCUCUGCACUUGGAGUGGUUUAGAGCAAGGUCAGGAGUGUUUCCUUCUUUUGCGAGCCCACAUCGCCAUCGUACGGCUGAUUUUAUGAGCGCUGACAGCGCCCAGCAAAGAGCAAGGCCGAACACACUGUGACUGGCACUUCCCUGCUCAGCCUUCACAACCACCGCUAAUCCCAAGAGUUUCCAGGUGGGGUCGGGCUCUGCUCCCAGCGAACAAGAGGAAACGGCCUCAAGCUGCGCCACAGAGGCUCGGGCUGCACUCACUAAAGAAUUCUUUCUCGGACAUUGGAAUAGGCUGGCGGCGGCUGGAGUUACCAUUGCACCCUAGAGGCACCACUCAGUGGUGGGUCACAGACUGACCUCACUGACCCCCACAACCUCUCCCGCGCUAAAAACCUCAACAACUUUAUAACCAAACCAACGCCGCCACCUCUGAGGCGCCCCGCGAUCCCUGAGGGACCCCCCGGCCCCGGCCCGCGCAUGCGCCGCGCCCGCCGCCCCGCGCAUGCGCCGCCCCGCCCCAGGAAGACGCAAGAUGGCGGCGGCGGCGCGCUGCGCCCGCGGGCUGCGGCUGCCAAGGGCAGGCCAUGGAAUUUCUGUCCUGCAGCGGCAGGUCCAUCACGCCGUGAUCCCUCAUGGGAGAAGUGGAAGAUCCUCUGUCAGUGGCAUUGUGGCCACUGUCUUUGGAGCCACAGGUUUCCUGGGACGAUACGUUGUCAACCGCUUAGGUCGCAUUGGCUCUCAAGUCAUCAUCCCCUAUCGCUGUGAUCAGUAUGACCUGAUGUAUCUGCGGCCCAUGGGCGACCUGGGGCAGCUUCUCUUCAUGGAGUGGGACUGUCGGGACAAAGAUUCCAUCCAAAGAGCCGUGCAACACAGCAAUGUGGUCAUUAAUCUUAUUGGAAAGGAAUGGGAAACAAAAAACUUCAAAUUUGAAGAUGAAUUUGUAAAUAUUCCUCAAAAUAUUGCACAGAUAAGUAAGGAAGCGGGUGUGGAAAAGUUCAUUCAUAUCUCUCACCUGAAUGCUGACAUGAGGAGUCCUUCCAAAUACCUCAGGAACAAAGCUGUUGGAGAGAAGAUAGUGAGGGAAGAAUUUCCAGAUGCUGUAAUUUUGAAGCCCUCUGAGAUGUUUGGGAGAGAAGACCGAUUUCUCAAUCAUUAUGCAAACAUGCGCUGGUUUGGCGGUGUGCCUCUUGUUUCUCUGGGCAAAAAAACAGUCAAGCAACCAGUCUAUGUGGUUGAUGUAGCAAAGGCAAUUAUUAAUGCAAUUAAGAAUCCUGAUGCAAAAGGAAAAACAUAUGCCUUGGCUGGCCCUCACCGGUACCUCCUGUAUGACAUGGUGGAGUACAUCUACGCUGUUUCCCACCACCCCUUCAUUCCCUACCCGCUGCCACGGCCUCUCUACCAUUUAGUUGCAAGAUUCUUUGAGCUGAAUCCAUUUGAGCCGUGGUUGACACGGGACAAGGUGGAUCGGUUUCACACUACAGACAUGACAUUUCCUGACCUUCCUGGUUUUGAAGAGCUGGGGAUUGAGCCAACCCCCCUGGAGCAAAAGGCCAUCGAAGUGCUGCGCCGUCACCGCAGGUUCCGCUGGCUGGAUGCUGAGCUGGAGGAGGUCAAGCCAAAAACACAGCCCGUGUAACAGCUGGCCAGGGGGAUACUUAAAGCUUCUUCAACUGCCUUUGGAUGACCCAUCUUCUUUGAGAACUGUGUACAUACUGAGUAAAAUGUAUGAAUCAUGUAAACUGUA